GGCGUCUAACACACACUCUCUCUACGUUGAGAAAGGAGACAAUAUUUCAGCAGAUUUUAGAUAAAGGUAAAGUCUGUGCUCGAGUCAAGUGGCCCAUCCAGCCGAAGAAUAUAUAUCCCGGGGUGGAUAUUCAAGAGAAAUAGAUCAGCGGGACAUAUCGACCUAUUCACAGUGAAGAAUGAAGACUCUAGUUGUUUUGGCGGUAUUUGCAAUUGUCUUCCAGCUUGGGACAAGCCACAUGCAUGGUGUACCAAAAGGUAAAGUUACCUGCAACAACAAUCACACGGUCGAUAUCAAAAUCACUGGCGUAGAUGAUCUUGACGGGUGGGAGGUAGAUGAAUGGCAGUUAAGGGGCAAAAACGAAUGCAAGCCACUAUUUGGUAAUGAGAGAGUAACCUACAGUGCCCUGAAACUACCCGACUGCGCUUGGUCUUCAGAACAGCCUGCCAACAGCAGUAUCAAAUAUGUCUUGAAAAUCAAACCAACAAAGGGAAACACCAGCAACGGACAGCUGCGUGUUUAUGACCACCUGUACUAUGCAGAGUGUUCUUAUGACAAUCAAAACACAUCCUCAGCCAGCUUUGUGCCGAUUAAGAACCAGGAAAACAACGAUUCAAGCACUGCGUUUUUCAGCUUUUAUCUCCAAGCGUUUUACGACCCCAAUUUCACUGAAAAAGUUCCCAAAGAAGUUCCGCUGAGAAAAAUGUUGUACUUCCGGGCUUCGGUUGAGACCUCAAGCACUGAACCUAAUCUUGACCUUUUCCCUGUUCACUGCUAUUCGUCAAAGGGGAGAGACCCGGCUUCAACGGACGGGAGAAUUACUCUAAUAGAGGAAGGUUGUGGCAACAAGCAGAAAAGUGAUGACCUCGGAGACACUUUGUCCUACAGCUGCACUGAUGACGACACCAAAGAGGAGUUCUCCAUUCAGUCCUUUAGGUACUAUGGAGCUGAGGCAGGUGACCCGGUUUACUUCCACUGCGAUCUUAGGGUUUGUCUGGCAGACAAGAGCCCUUCUCUGUGCGAGUGCCCAUCCAACAGCUCGUGUCCUAGUUCCAGGAAAAGAAGGUCAAAGAUGGACGAAACGAAAGUGUAUCACGUGUCUACGGGGCCUUUUGUUUUUGGAAACGAUGAAGAAGAGAAAGAAACUGGAUCAGGUGAAGAGAAUGUGCCCCAGUCCCUCUCAGCGAGCACGGUGAUUACAGUAGCGAUCAGCGGUGUUCUCGUCGUGGCAAUUGUCUGCCUCACAGCUUACCUGAUGCUGCGCAGCCGCAACAAGCGCAGACAACAUGGCGACAUUCACGUUGCUUCAUAAGCACCCGAACUGUAGCGACUGGCCAUUGGCAAAAAGCAACAUGUGUAUCUUGAAACCUAGUUUUGUAUUAUUUUAGUAUAGGUUGUCAUUGACAUACAUACGGCAUUAGCCUGCGAAGCAAGCCGUGGGGAGAGGAGGGGGGAUUGGGGCGAGCGGAAUGCGCUCUCCCUAAUCCCCCUCCUUUCCUCCAGGGCUUGCUUCGCAGGCUAAUACGGCAUAACUUAUUUAUCAACUAUGAUAAGCUUGAUGAAUACAGAGAUAAGCAAAAAAGUGUUUAGUUGCGAGAAAAAUCUUUCGUAUUUUUAUGGGGGAGAUGGAGCGGGGAUGGAGAUUUACAAGUGAUUAUGUAAUUUUGUACUUUUAUCUACUUUUUCUAAGCUAAAGAAAAUAAUGAACAGAAACGUUUGUGUUUUUGCACACACACAAAAAAACUUGGACAUGUUGGGUUAGAAUUAAAUCUCUUAGUAAAGGAGAUUCAAACAAUUAUUUUGACAACCUUGAGAGGUUGAGACUGUUCCGCUUAACAUUUUCAAGCUCUUAUCCACUGAAGAAAGAAUCCACGAGACUGACAGUGUUAUGUUUUGCAGUUACCUUUCAUGUGUGAAGUUCAUUAUAAUGCAAUAAUUACGGUAUAUUAUGUUUACAAUGCACUACUGAGGAUCAUUAUGCUGAAUGUUAACAAAACUCCAUACAAAAGUAAAUUAGUUUUGGUAAAAUA